CUAUUUUCUCUUAUUGUUAUUUGUAUUCUUGAAGCUACUUCAACUAUUGAUUAUUGUGUGUACUCUAAGCUUUAACAUUACACAUUAUAUUUGAGUAUUAAUUCUUCUCUUUUGAGUACAUGUUUAUCAAUUUACUAGUCGGUAUACGUAUAUUAUAUAUCCACAAGCUAUUUUUAGUACUUAUCACAGUAGGGUCUUCUCUUAUUAUUAUCUUUAAGUACUACUAGUUGUUUUGUGGGUCAAGUUCCUUAUGUCAUUCAUUCCUAUCUCUUUGCGAUUGUUAACUGUGAAGUUUUCUUGUUGCAGAAUCUUCAAUUUUCCCUCUGGAACUUGUUUGGUAAAAUUUGAGCUUUGUUGCUCCAGUUAUCUGUGCACUCAUAUAUAAUCUGUUUGUUAGAAUGCCUCCAACGUAUUUUCCUCUUCGGUGGGAGAGCACAGGGGAUCAAUGGUGGUAUGCUUCGCCAAUUGAUUAUGCAGCUGCUAAUGGUCAUUAUGAUUUGGUUCGUGAGCUUCUUCGAUUAGAUGGAAAUCACCUUAUUAAGCUCACUUCACUUCGUAGGAUUCGAAGGCUUGAGUCUGUUUGGGAUGAUGAAGAACAGCUUGAUGAUGUGGCUAGAUGCCGCUCUCAGGUUGCUAGAAAACUGAUGCUUGAAUGUGACACCAAGAAAGGGAAAAAUUCACUUCUUAAAGCUGGAUAUGGUGGUUGGCUUUUAUAUACUGCUGCCUCUGCUGGAGACCUGUCUUUUGUUCAAGAAUUGCUUGAAAGAAACCCGCUUUUGGUGUUUGGAGAAGGGGAAUAUGGUGUCACUGAUAUAUUAUAUGCUGCUGCUAGGAGUAAAAGUUGUGAUCUUUUUAAGGUUCUGUUUGAUUUUGCUAUCACCCCGAGGUUUCUGGUGCGUGAUGGUGGUGGUGAGAUGGAUAAACAUAUUGGUGAGGUUCCAUCGGCUUAUAAGUGGGAGAUGAUGAAUAGAGCAAUUCAUGCUACUGCUAGAGGAGGUAAUCUUCAGGUACUGAAGGAGCUUCUUGCUGAAUGCUGUGAUGAUAUCUUAGCUUAUAGAGACAUUCAGGGUGCAACACCCUUGCAUGCAGCUGCUGGCAAGGGACAGGUUGAGGUUGUCCAACAUCUUAUAAAAAGUUUUGAUAUUAUUAACUCCACAGACAAUCAAGGCAACACUGCACUACAUAUUGCUGCUUCCAGGGGCCAAUUAGCUGUUGUUGAAGCUUUAAUUGUUGCAUCAAGCUCAUUGGUCUAUUUGAGAAACAAUGCCGGAGAAACAUUUCUCCAUGUCGCCAUUACUGGUUUCCAAACUCCUUGUUUCCGUAGAUUGGACCAUCAAAUCCAGCUCAUGAAGCAAUUAGUUUGUGGGAAGUUUUUCAACAUUGAAGAAAUUGUCAACGCUGAAAAUAAGGAUGGUAGAACCGCACUUCAUUUGGCAGUCAUUGGAAAUAUUCAUUCUGAACUUGUGGAAUUACUAAUGACUGUCCGCUCUGUGAAUGUCAAUACUCGUGAUAAGGAUGGAAUGACACCACUUGAUAUCCUUAGGCAACGGCCACGUUCUGCUUCAUCAGAACUCCUCACAAAACAGUUGAUCUCUGCUGGGGGGAUUUUUAGUCAACACGAUUAUUCAGCAAGGAGAGUUGUAGCAUCGCAUUUAAAAAUGCAACACGUAGGUAGUAGUCCUGGCACUUCCUUCAGAAUCUCUGACACCGAAAUCUUCUUAUACACGGGCAUUGAGCGUGAUGGCAAUGAAAGCGCAGAUCUGAGCACCUCAACUGAUGUGAGUCAACAUAAUGUGAACACUGAAAAUGAUUGUUCUAGAAAUGAGGGUAAAACCAAUUCUGCAAAUAAUGCUGCACAAAGGCUGAAACGCUUUUUCUAUUGGCCAAAAAUAAGGAAAGGAGAUACUCAGAGGCUCAAGAAAUUGGCGGAUCAAAGUUCUGCUAGAAAUUCAGAAGCAGCACCAGUUCCUCUUCGACAGAGAUUCUCCAAGCCUUCCUCUCUUCCAAACAACAAGCGGACACUCUCUGUUAGAAGUAACCUUCCAAGUCCAACAGCUAAGAAGAAACUUGCUUCAGGGCUAGUAAAUGGUGUCAUGCUGGCCAUACCACAUCUUAGUGUCCGCCGUAGAUCAUCUUGCUCUAGUUCAUUCUCAAUUUCAUCAGUGUCUUCACACACUUCAUUGGACCAACAAAAGGCCACUCAAAUUGAGAAUGAGCUUGCUAGACCUUCUAGUUCUAAUCACGUAAGGGCAAAAUCAUCAGAUUCGAUAUACAAACAAAACAAGAGUUUGGUGAACCAGUACUUGUGUUUUGGUGCUUCAGAACAAACUGUCAAAGCCACUUCAAGUGAACUGAGGCCAUAUGAAAUUUACGAGCGCUCUGUUCUAUCCACGGCCUGAUCUUCUAGACUGUGAGGAAUAUAAUCAGAAAUGGAACUCAUACGGUGGACUCCAUUAAUUUGGCAGGUCAAGUGUCCCCCAUAGUUUAAUAGCCUACAAGAAGUAGUAUCUUCGCUCUGUUUGAUGUUUUAAUUACAUUUUGUAACACCUCUGUCGGUUGUAACUUAAAGAACUAAUUUGUCAAGCUUUCUUAAUUGUAGUUGUGUGCAAGUUUUUCUUGAAGAAGGAUGUAUAAUAAAAAUAUGCUUUUACUUUUA